AUGUUUUCGACAGCAGCAAUUAAAUCAGGUGGUAAACAUUUUGACUUUAAUAUCGAUGGUAAUAUCGCUGAUUCGUGGAAAACAUUCUACGAUGCAAAAGAUUCUUUGAAACACGUUGAACAACGUCUUCAAAACACAUUAUCAUCAAGCAGAAAUGGCAGAGCAGAGCAGACGUCAGUUGGCAUGCAUCCGUACGAUAAUUUGUCAUCAACAUCAUCCAACUAUUUAUCAAUUCAACCUGUUAAUCGGACAAUGUUAAAGGAUGAUGUACAAGGAAGAAGUUCUCGGACAAAUAAUUAUCAUCGUACAAUAAAUAGCAAUAGUUUUUCAACUGCUCCUCACUAUUUACAUGAUAACGAAUCACGUAUUCGUUCGUCGGAUCCAAAAUCAAUGAAUUAUGUCGAUAUACCAAUUAUGAACGAUAAAAAUGUAUUAGAUUAUAGAAUGGUCGAAAAUAAGCGAUCAAUAAAUUCCACUCAUUUAGAUACAGAUGCAUUUUUGCAAUCAAUUAGACGGAAAAUUAACAAACAAAAGUUGGCUGCAGAGCGACGCGCCGAUACUCUAAAUUCACAAUCUGAAGAACUAAGUCAUUAUAAACAUUCACUUCCAUCUUCCACACCAUCAUUAUAUUUUGAUGGACAUCAAAACGGUAACAGUAGGAAUAAUAAUCAUUAUUCAACAUCAUCAAGUUUACAAAAUUUACACUAUACACCCCACAAUAAUCGACAUCAUUCAACAAACGAGAGAAAUCCUUUACCAACGACUAUAAAUAGCGGACAUUUAUCACAAUCACAAUCUUAUUCCGCUGAAUUAGAUGCUGUUUUAAGAGUACAAGAAAAUCAUGAUCACACCGCACAAAAACGAUUGCUACACACGGAUGGUGACAUUAUUUCAUCACCAGAUUACAAUUUUCAAGAAUUUCAUCAACCAAAUUCGCGAAAAAUACCCAAAGCCUCAAAAGAUAUACCGUUGAUAGAUCGUCCAACGGCGGAUACAUUAAAAAGUACUAUAAGAAGUGCGAACCGGGAUUUUUCUUCAUUACCAAACAAUGACAUGCAGCGGUUAAAGAACACUCGUCGAUUAGAGUCAGUACAUGUAACAUCGGCAAAAACAAAUCUAACAGGAGUAGAAUCUUGGCAAACUGAUCCGACUAAAAUGUUCAAAUCACAUCAACAUCCAAAAUCAUCGAAUAAACACGUUCAAGAUGAAUUAAAAAAAUUGAAAGAAGACGCACAAAUCCUAUCUAAACCGACACAAAAAAUGUUCGAAGAAUUAUUGAUAAAAAAUGAUAUAAAAAAACCUGUUUGUAAAGUUCCCCCCUAUGAACGUUCAGCAAAAGAUCAAAUUCAAGAAUAUAUUCAACAAAAACGACAACAAAAACAAGAAGAAAGUUUAUUGAACGAUAAACGUCACAAAGAUGAACAAGAAAAACAGAAAAGGGAUAAACUUAAAAAAUUUCAUGAACAAAUACAAGCUGUACAUCAACAACAACAACUAUUAUUAUCAAAUAAAACAUUAGAUGAAAAACAAAAGAAAAUUUCAAUACCAGGACAACAUACAACAAUACCAAUAGCACCGAUAAUUUCUUUUAACGAUGUGUCUGAGCAAGCGCGUCAACAGAAGUUAGUCCGUUUACUUGGGCCAAAACCAGAAACAACUAAUGUUACUAUGACUGAAUCACAAUUGUCUCAUUCAAUUUCAACAUCGUCUGUAUCAUCAUCUUCAAGUUCACCUUCUACAUUCAGUGUUAUUGAAUCUAACAAUCGACCAAAAAAUCAUGAUUUAAUGUAUCGAGCAUCAUCUCAACCGCCAUCGCAAAUACGAUCACCUCAAAUACAAACAGAAAAUCGACAAGAUGGUUUGCUAAAAUGGGCAAUCAAUUUAAAAAAUGAUUGUGAUAAUGUACAAGAAAACUUACGAACUUUCAAACUAGAUGGUACUCAUAAAUCUGAAAUAAUUUCAACUCAAUUUGAUUCAAACGAUAACAAUCUGAAUCAAGAAGGAAAUUUAAGACAUCAUGUUGCCAGUAACACUCACUAUGUUUCAGCUGUUCAACCAAUUUAUUUAAUGAAUCAAAAUCAAAAUAACAGUGAACAACAAUAUCGUUCAUCAGAAUUUCUAAGAUCAACUGAACGUUUGAGUCGACAGAAUCGAAAUUGGACAAGUGAAUUUAAUAUAAAUGUGCCAGAUAUGGGAGAUUUAAAAGAUCCAUUAUUAAUUAAACGAAUUCAACGUGAACAAGCUGCAGGAAAAAUUCAGGCAGCUUAUCGUGGUUACACAGUGAGAAAAUCAUUACAAUGGUCAAUUGAAAAUGAUAAUUAUGAUAAUAGACAAUCAAAAAAUAAGGAUAAAAGAUUAUUUCAACAAUACCAUCAUCCAUUAAAAAAUGAUCCUGGUUUAGUUGAAGGUAUCGAUUUUAAAUUCAACGAUGAUCACUGUACAACCGGCAGUACAAUGUUGGCUAGCCAAACUUAUCAACUUCAACAAUCAUUGCGAACUCACCAACAGAAAAAAUCUCAUUUAUCAUCAAUUUAUUCAGAUGAUCAUGGAAAUUAUUCAUCAAUUUUAUCUUCGCCCGUUCAUAUUCAACAAAGAAAGCACAUCACUGAUACGCAUCAAUCAAAUCAACAUCCGUCUUUAAAUUUGGGUACGUAUAUUGACACUUUUUCACACGAAAAACAACAAAACAUUAGCUAUGUGUGUAUUGUUGGUUUCUUCUUAGGUGAAAAUCGUCUUCAAGCAAACACGUCAUCUUCUCCAACUCAUACAGUACAGAACGAUCAAGACGAUGAAAAAACAGCACGAGAAUCUUAUAUCUUCAAAAACUCAAAUGAGAAGCAACGCCGUCGUUCAUUUUCACCACCUUUACCACCUCAAAUGUCUCCCGACAGUGGACGCCCUAUAAACUCUAUGACAACUCUUCCACCACCACAAUCUCACCAUCGACUAUCAGCAUUACAUUAUGAUUUUGAAGAUAAGCGUUUUUCGCCAGAUGCCCUAGAAAGACAAUUAACUCGUGGAUUCAAUCCAUUUGAAGGCAUUGAACAAUCCACAACACAAAUCGAUAAUGUAGAUAAAAUAAGAUCAUUAGCAUUAGCUCAACAAGAAGCUUUAUCAAUGACACAUAUUUUAAAAAAUAUGCGACAGCGUGAUCCAUUAGAUAAUGAACAAGUUCAUAGCAAACAAUUACAGUCAAAAAAAAUGUCUUUUCGUCAUAGACUACAACAACAGAAGUCUGCAUCACCAUCUCCAUCGUCAUCUCCUUCACACAGUCGUCGUCAGUUUGAUCGAUAUUCACCACCACUACAACAACAACAGUGUCGACGCACAAUAAACCAAAGUCCGCCAACAUCUUCAUCUGAAUCAAUAUUAACGGCUCGCGAAAAAAAAUUUCGUCAAAAAUUUAACAGUGAGCAAGAGGUUGAAGCAUGGGGAAAACGUUUAAAAGAUGUUGAAAAAAAAUUAAGAACAUUAGAAAAACGAGCUGUUGAACUUUUUGAUGAUAAACGAAGUGUAUCAAGUCCACCUAAUUCUAGAUUAAAAAUCACUGAACAACAACAUCAACGAUCAAAAUCUACACCACUUGUUUUAAAGCAAACAAAAGAUGAUUCAACUAUUAGCAGUGAAGAUAUACUAUCAAAAGAAUCAAUUUUAAAUGAUUCUCAAUCAUCAGUAAAUCAAUCAAUUGUACAAAAAUCGUUUGGAAUAACUGUUAAUAAUAAUGAUCAGAGUAAAAUUAAAAUAGAUACUAAUCUCUUUCGUCAUAAAUCGAAUGAUUAUGACGAAAAUUUUGAUACGAGUAUUCCAGUAACAACGACAAGUGUUGUGGUGUCUCAACGUAAAAUUGAUAUUCAUCCACCAAUCACUAUAACAACUAAACAAGUAUCCGAAAGUGAUGGAGAAUCAUUUUCUGUUGUUCAAUCAGAUAUGACAUCGGAUAUGAGUGAUGUUGAAUAUCGUAUUAAACAAUUACGAGAACAACUAAAACGAAAAAAAUUUGAAUUAGAUACAUUAAAGAAAGAUCAACGACGAAAAAAUAAAGAAGUAUUAAGAAAACAAGAAGAUGAACUUAAAAAACAAAUACAAUCUUGUGACACUGAAAUUCAAACGCUUCGUCAUCAGAUUGAUUCAGUUCCACCAGUUUAUUCUAUUCUAUCAACGCCAACAACUGAAACAGAUAAAUCCCUAUCAUCUAAUAUUCAUUCAUCGGUAAAUUUUAAAAUAAAACCAAUUGAUUUAAAAACAUUAACCAAUAACAAAUCAUUUUCUUCUACAUCAUCGACCGUUUCAUCAUCAACGCCAAUAUCACUAUCCAAAAAUCAAGAGAGACAUCAUCAACAAAUACAAACAAGAAUAAUUGAAAAUGAAGAUGAGAGAAAAAUGCGAAUAUUAACACCGGAACAAAGUAUUGUUGAAGAAAUAGAACAAUCAAAAAAAAGUCAUCAAGAAAAGUCAUUAUCUAAAAAUGAUGAAAAUGUAAUCAUUUUAACAUUUCAAGAAAAAAUAGUAUCUUCACAUAAAAAUAAAUAUGAUAAUCAUAUAAUCGAUGACAAAGAUUUUUUCGAUAAUAUUAUUGAUGAUGAUAUCGAUAAUGAUGUUAUUAGUGAUAAACAGAAAGAAAAUGUGUCAGAAAUAUCAGAGAAAAAAGUUGAAGAACAAAAAUUGAUUGAAUUAUUUUCUCCAACAUAUGAUCGUACAAAUCACGAUGUGCAAUCGAUAGUUACAGUUGAAAUUUUGAAUGAUAGUCCAGUGAAUACAGACGAUGAAAAAAGAAAUGAGAAGUCAAUUGAAUUUAAUGUUUUGAAACAAAAUGAAACAUCUCCUUCGUCAUCAUCCUCUUCAACAUCCUUCUCAUCUCCAAAACCAGAAGGAGAUAUUAAGAGUGAUCACGAGAAAAGUGUUGUAUUAUCACCGGAAAAAGAAAAGUCGGUAAAUCAAGUUAAACCAACAACAUUUUCUCGAAUACAAAAAAUACAUUCAGUUGAUUUAUCUACAGGUGAUUGUACAUCGAUUGAUUAUGAUGAAGAUUUUUCAGAAAUGAGUCAUUCAAUUAUGGGUACAAGUAAAACACGACAAAAAUCUCUAUCACCAUCUUCACCACUACUCCUAUUAUCUAAAAUAACAAAUGAACAGUUGAUGAAAGAAGACGAGGAGGAUAAUAUUGGUAUAGAAUUGAUUCCAGAAGAUUUACAAUUUUCUAAAAGUCAACAAUUAUCAAUAAAAACGUUUAUAUCAAGCGAUGAACAAUCAGAAAUAUUAGUGUUAGUAAAGAAUUCACACAGCACUACAUCAUCUAUAGAUCAAAAUGCAUCAUUAACUGAUCAUCUUGUACCACAACAGUAUGAGUUAGUAUCAGAAGAUAAAUUAUUGAAAUCUGAUGAAAAACAAGUGAUAACUGAAGAAGAUGAACAUAACAGAAGUCUAUUGGAUAAAAAUGAUGAUAUAAGAUAUGGUGCUAUUGAAAAAUCAGAUAAAGAAAAACAAACGAAAAAAGUAGAGGAACAGCAGUUGGACAUUGCAUACGAAGAAAACUUAAACGAAUUUUUUUCAAAUCGUCAAACAACAACAACAACAACGACGACAACAUCGCUGUUGAUAGAAGAUGAACAGAAACAAAAUCAAAAACAAGAGACAGAUAUACCAAAUGAGCAAAACAUUGAUCACAUAUCUGAUCAUUUUAUUCGAACAUUUAUUAAUGAAGCUAUUAAAGAAAGUAAAAUUAUUAAACAACGAAAAGAAUUGAAAAAUAUUUCAUUACAUUUGACCAAAGAAGCAAGUGAAUGGAUAUCAGAUGAAUCUAUGAGUGAUGAAGACAAACAUGAUCAAAGUAAUGAUACAAUAGAGCAAAGAAAAAUUAAGAAUGAAGACGAAGAAGAUAUUGAUGAAUAUGUACAUAGACCCUCAAAUCAACCUGAUUUUAUAAAGCAAAUUAAUGUCAAUGAUGUUGAACAGGACGGAUUGAAAUUAGAUCUAAGUCGAUUGGAAGAAAAAAGUGCUGAUGAGCCAAGAAUUGAAAGUCCUCGAAAGUUAAUUAUUGAAGAACAAAUUAAACCAGUUGUACCUCAUACAUUUGAAAAUGUUAAUGAAAUUUGUCAACGUGCAACGACAAUUUUAUUCCAACAGAAUAAAGAUUUUUCAGAUCGAACACGAAUUAAUAGAACAAUACCAAAUGAUUAUUUUCAAAUAUCAAAAGAAGCGGAUGAUACUGAAAAACGUAGUCAACAUGCUUAUCAAGUGAUGAUUUAUGAUUUAUGUACUGAAAUAUUGUACGAAAUAUAUACACCAAAUGUUCGUCAAAGCCAGUAUCCAUGGCAAAAAGCACAAUUUGUUUCAAAACGUUAUUAUUAUCGAUUCAAUCCACCGACAAAUAAAACUGAAGCACAAAAAUUCGUUAACGAAAAAAUUCUUGAACUGUUAGGUUUAGUACCAUGCAAAAUUCAAUAUUCAAAAUGGCGUAAUCCAAAACGUCGAGAUGAAUUUGAAAAUGUUUUGUUUGAUGAAUUGAGACGGCAAGAACCAAAUUGGAUUAAUUAUGAUGAUGAAUGUAUUCAAAUUAAAUUUGAUAUUGCCGAUAUGAUAUUUGAUCAAAUAUUAUCUGAAACAUUAAAUGAAUGUAUCGAUGUUAUUAAACGUCGAUCAUCGAUUAAUGGUGCUAUUUCACCUUAA